AUGGCUGCCUCCGCCCUCUCCUUAACUCUAACUCCAAAAACCCUCUCCAUCCGCCGCUUCUACCCUUCGUCCGCCGCUCUCUUAACUCAAUGUUCUCUCAAACCCUUACCCAAACUGGUGCUCGCGCUCUCUCCUACAAAAGGUCACUCAAACCUCAAUUUCACGUUCGUGCCAAAGGUUUCGUUGACAUCCCAAUUAAUGGAAGAGGGGGAAGAAGACGAAGCCUUCGAUUUGUCGGGCCUCGGGCCCGACGAGCCCAGCUUUCCGCCCGAACAGAAACUCUACGUGGGGAACGUGCCUUUCAGCGUAGGCAGUGAUACGCUUGCUGGGUUGUUUCAGCAAGUCGGGUCCGUUGAGAUGGUUGAGGUUAUCUUUGACAAGAACUCGGGGAGAAGUAGGGGCUUUGGUUUCGUGACUAUGUCCUCGAUCAAGGAAGCUGAAGCUGCCGUUCAGCAGCUAAAUGGAUAUGAACUCGAGUGUCGUGCUCUGAAGGUUAAUUCCGGUCCACCGCCUAAGAGAGAAAAUUCUCCACCCAGAGCAUUUGGGAGUCGUGGAUCAGCUCAUUCGAAUGACCUCAACACACUUUUCGUGACUAACCUUUCAUGGGGCAUUGAUAAUAUUACUCUCGAGAAUUUCUUUAGCAAACAGGGUCGGGUCAAGAAUGCUCGGGUGAUUUGUGAUAGAGAAAGUGGCAGGUCAAAGGGAUUCGGGUUUGUUACUUAUCAUUCCCCCGAGGAGGUCAACAGGGCUAUUGCAGCAUUGGAUGGUGCAGACCUUAAUGGGAGAUCAAUACGGGUUAUGAUUGCUGAAGCUCGUUCAGUGCGUAUGCGGUAUGACAUAAGAGAUGGUAUGGUUCAAGAUCAGUCCAAGCCAUGA